UAAAGUGAUAGCAGUUGAAUUUGGUUCACUCACUUUUAAUAAUGUUCCUCUCCCUACAUUAUCACCUGAGAUUGAGAAAACCAGAGAAAAUAAUGCCUCCAUCAUUGCUGGUGUUGUUGGAGGAGUGGUAGUGGUUUUAACGAUAACAGUCACUCUAUUAGUUGUGAUAAGAAAGAAAAUGGCAGAAGGAAAAGUAGAGCCAGAUAUGCCUAUGAUGGAAACAAUGAAGCCAACUUAUCGGAAUUUUGUGUGUGCGCCAAAGUUACCUAACAAGCAGAACACUCCAACACUAUCUGUGGACAGUGGAGUAAGUUCAGCAGGGAGUAUAAAUUCUUCAAAGAGGAAUUCUCAAAUGAGUUAUGCUUAUAGAAAUCCUUUGUUUGACCAGGAAAUAAUUAUAGGAAGAUCUGUAGCUCUUCCAGAUGUGGGAUCCAGAAUGAAAAUAGCUUCUAUGCCACAUUUUUGGUUUCAAAAUACAAAAGAUAAGUAGAUUCAACAUCUACUGUACUUAUUUAUUGAUUAC